AUGGAGGUGGAAGUUCAGGAGGUAAAAAAACCGCCCAAACAGCAACUGGAGAAGAAAUGGUCUCCACCUAGGAACACACGCCUCAAAUGCAAUACAGAUGGAGCUUGGAAACAAGAAACAGAAGAGGGAGGUAUGGGCUGGAUCCUUCGUAAUCAUCAAGGGAAAAUGCUGUGGGCAGGAGCAAAACGAGCACAGGGACUGAAUUCAGAGCUGGAAAUGGAGGCAGAAGCCUUGAGAUGGGCGGCUAAUACUUUGGCAGGUUUUGGAUACAAAAAUGUCACAUUUGAAACCGAUUCACAGACUCUCUCUAGGAUGCUGAAUGGUGACGAGGAAAUAUGGCCAAAAGUGAGACCUAUCAUACAGGAGAUAAUUUCAUCCCUAGCAAGUUUUGAAGAGGUUGAAGUGGUGUAUUACCUCUGA